AUGAUUAAUGUUCUAGCAGUUUUUCAAAAUUUCUCGGCCACACUGGCGUACUACAGCUACAGGAAUUUCGGAAGCUUUAUGAUUGAAGAAUUCAUUUGGAACAAGAAGGACGCUGUCGUCUUUCCAAAUCGAAUGGCCAAUCUUCAUGGCGCAGUAUUGCCAGUUUAUUUCAAAGACCGUAGGACAGCAGUGAUACUUUCAAAAACUAAUAACGGUAGAACAGUUAUUGGUGGAUAUUUGGGGAAUAUCUUUAACACUUUUGCUAAAAGGCAUAACGCCAGAUUGAAUAUUUCAGAUGACACCAAUUCAUUAUCAAAUAAGGACAUUCUUGAACUUGUUUCGAAUGGAACAAUUGAUAUAGCUGAUUUGGGUCCAAUGCUUUUACGGAAUCCAAUUCAAUGGUUCUCAUAUCCGUAUUUAACAAUUGAUUGGGGUAUAAUUCUGCCAAUAGAAACAAAUAUUCCCAUUAAUAAAGUUUUUGGACAUGUUUUUGAUUGGCAAGCAUGUGUUUUGACAAUUUUGGUAUUAAUAUCACUUGCUGUAUCACUUGGAAUUGUUGCCAUGUUCUCGGGAUCAUCUUGUAACUUUUUCACCUUUAUUAUUGAUUGUUUUCGUGGAAUGCUUGGACAGUCAUUCUCUGAAUCCCCAAAAGCUUUUUAUAGUACAAAAAUCAUCUAUUCUUCGAUAUUUUUCUUUGGAAUCAUGAUAGUAACUUCAUAUAAUGCAUUUCUUCAGUCCUUGAUGACCAAGUUACCAAAAGAAAAUGUGAUACGAACUUUUGAAGACGUGCAAACAUUUGGUUUGAAAAUAUACCUUACUCAAGCUGAAUUCGAUUUACACUUGAUAAGACUAAGACCCGAUUUAAUGGAAAAGUAUUCAAAGAUAUUUCAAGCAGUUCAAGAAGAUAAAAAAGAAAAACUUUUUGACAUAAAUAAUCCCAAAUAUGCCUUCACAGUGACUAGUAAUACAUGGAUGAAUGUUGAGAAUCAGCAAAAUUUUUUUGGUCGAAAAUUUUAUCGUUGGUCAAAAGAAUUGAUUCUGUUUAAAAAUCAAUUAGCAGCAAUUCAUUUGAAUGAAAAUUCAAUUUAUAAAAAAGCUUUAAACUUCCAUAUUUUAGAGACACAAUCAAGUGGAUUGAUGGAUUAUUGGACGAAAAGAUCAUUUUAUGAAAUACUUGGAAUACAAGAAGAAGUUAUAAAAUUCGAUUUUGAACCGGAAGUAAAUUUAAGACAAAUGAAAGUUGAAGAUUUGAAAUGGAUAUGCAAUUGA